AUGUUUUUUGAGGAGGGUGAGGAGUUGGGCCCAUUAGAGAAGAUUUAUUUGUUUUCGAGAAGUAGGGCCGUUUUCCAUCGGGUGUAUAUUUCGCGGACGUUGGCGAAAUUCUUGCCUUUGAUUACGCCGCAUGAGGCGGUGGAGUAUGUACUGCCUCUUUUGAAUGGUUUGGGAACCGAUCAAGAUGAUUCGGUCAGGGAGGCCUUUGUGUCGGAGCUGGUACCCAUUAUGUGGUGGUUCUUUGAACAAGCGGGCGUAACCAAUGCAGAUCCCUCCGCCUCCAGUUCUGACGACACCCCUUCACCCCGACCGAAACUCCACGUACAAACGUUCACGCCACUCCUUGGAUCCCUUCUUCUCAGUGUAAAUCCUUCCAUAGGUGACGCCGCAAGAUGGGGUAUCGUCGAACUUCUUGCCCGCCUGCGUGAAUCGCCCGAAGCUCUAGAAGCUGGACCGGUCAGCUGGGGUGGUAUGCCUAGUUCGAAGGAGAGGCGGAUCAUUGAGAGGGAGCUUGUGUUCGGGGUAGUGAUCGGGAUGGCAAGGCUCGACUGGGAGCAUGAUCAAGGGGAGUUUGGGGGCGAGGCAGGUCCAGUCGCCGGCGAAGGCAGAGAUGGGGAUGACGACGAAACAGAGAGAUGGAGCUCAACAUGGGGAUCUGCGGCGGGGAGUGUUGCAGAUCUUCCACCGAUUGCUUCGGAGGGUCAGGACAACACCCUUGGUCAUUCCGGAGCAGCGGAAUCAUCUCCUUCUGCUCUGUCGGCGGUAUCUUGGACCACGGUUGAAUCUACCCCUUCGCUCUCUCUAUCGGUACAGACAGCUCCUUCCUCUGAUGAUAUAGUUCCGUAUGAUCCCGAGGAUGACCAAGCAGAAGAAGCGGCAGUUGGGCGCGUUGCAAGCAUGAGUCUAAUUGCUGCUGUCACCGCUAUAGGCCCAUUGAACGACGAUGUUACGCCUGCGUUCCUUGAGGAGGUGGAACGUGUCGGGAGUGACCCAGUACACUGGGUACGAAGGGAAGCAGCUUAUGCUCUGGGUGCUUUGGCCAAAGUCAUUUCGGAUGAGGAAGUCAUCCAUUCAUUGUUUCCUCUCUACAAUUCUUUCAUCUCUGAUCGCAAGUGGCGCGUUCGUUACUCAGCUCUAUUUGCCCUUCCCGGACUCCUAUCCCGCCUUGCCAUUACCGAGAGAAGAUCGUAUGCCAUUUCCCAGCUUACGACUUUGACACACGAUGUUUCUCGAUCCGUUCGGUUAGGGACGCUCGAGAUUCUCGGGGAGGUCAUACAUACGUUUUGCGAUGAUCAAGAUGGGCUUCCUAGCGAGCUGAUUGAUCUCUUCAUGGGGAAGGUCAAGGCUAUUGGUGCUGCCCCCAAUGUUGGCGGUUCGACGACAGGGAUGAGGAGACCCCCUUUUCCUCGGGGGGAGGGGACACAUUUCGAGAAGAAUCUUAUACGCGCGUUUAGUUUCCCUGCUGUUGCGCUUACGUUGGGAAGAGAUCGGUGGGGGGAGUUGAAGGCAUUUUAUGCUCAGCUUGCUGGCGCCGCACAAACGGGAACCGAUAAGCCGAGUGCGGGAAGUGUGAACGCAAAAGUCCGGAAGACCCUUGCGGCGUCGAUUGGAGAGAUGGCGAAAAUCGUGGGUUCCAAAGCCGCUGUGGAGGAUUUGGUGCCUGUGCUUUACGGCCUCCUUCGGCAUGGGAGCGAGGAGAUUAAGAUCAAGGCGAUCGAGUCCCUCGAUGUCUUUUUGGAGGCGAUCGACGAAACUGAGCGGGGGCCCAUUGGCAGGGAGUUGGAGCGGAUGUGGGCGGGCGAGGAUUUCGAUCGAAUUGGGUUUGGGUGGAGGGUAAGGGAUGCGUUCUCGAGGAAAUUGGGUGUCUUGAGUGGGAUUUUGAGGAAGGAGGGCAAUGUGGUGAGGAGCCUUGUCAUGAAGGCUCUUGUGGAUCCCGUGGCUGCUAUACGGGAGAGUGCCGUUGAUUUUUUGCCAACAUGCAUUCAAAACCUAGGUGUUUCCACGGUUGCGGCCAAGCGGCUUCGGGCAGAUGUCGAGUCGUUCGCGAUUGCAGAUACCUCGAAACGAAGAACGACAUUCGUUUAUUGCAUUCAAGCGCUCGCGUUGUCGCAGGCACUGGGGCCUCUGGAGAUAUCGAAAGGAUCGUUUUGGAAAGUCCUUAGAGGCUUGGCUCAAGAUCCAGUUAUCGAUGUGCGGAUCGCAGUGUCCAGGCUCGUUAGCCUUGUGUGCUGUGAGUUAUAG